AUGCACGUUGAGGCAGAACAAUUCAAAGAAUUAUGGAAGUUCCCUACUAACUGGGAACAACUGGAAAACUAUAUUCUUUCCAACAAAGCAAUACUAUCAAAUUUGAUAGGGCAAAUCAAAGAAAGGGAAGAAAAACUAGUGAAUGACUACUCGACCUAUGUUGCAGAGAUAGAAUCAAUCAAAAGCGAAGACAAAGUAAGAGGGGAGACAAUUGAAGCAGAAUUUGAUCAUUACUGGGAGGUCAAACAAGGAGAUCAAAUAUUGGAUACGAGCAGUCAACUGAGGAGGAAAUUAGAAAUCCGCCUUGUCGAGCUUGAAUGUCAAGAAAGAGCAGCAAAAAGGGACGCUGAUAAGGAAACAAACAUAUCAGUAUCCCAAGCAAUAAUGUCGCAAGCCGCAGCUCAAGUAACUGUUACCGAUGGACAAUCAAACCUACCAAAACAAGAUGAGGGGACGCAUCCAAGCAACUCCUUCACCGUACCUCCACAAUCACAAAUGUUCCGUUAUUUAUACGGACAUGAAUUACGCGUCCCAGAAUUUCAUGGGAAUCCCGAAGAAUUCGAAUCGUUCUGGGAACUUUUCGAAGAACUCGUUCAUAAACAGCCUUACAGUGACUUGGAGAAACUAUCUAUUCUGUUAAGUUCUUGUAAAGGAGAUGCAGAGCGUGCUUUGCGAAUGAUACCGCGUAAUGGGCACUCAUAUGGCUUAGCAGUUAUGCAAUUGAAAUCCCAAUUUCGUGAUGAGCGCAGGAAUAAAACCAUUCUUUUACGCAAACUGCAAGCCCUGCCAAGAGCAGGGGAAGAUCCCAGACAACUUCAAAAUACUUACAACGACAUCCUGGCCCUAGUAGCCGAGAUGCGAAAACAAAACGAGGCUGUCGACAACACCGGUCUGUUACAAACAGUUCUUAGCAAAUUUUCGAAAAGUAUUCAGGAUGAAGCGGCAAAACGAGAAUAUGAUUCUAAAAAGAUCUGGUCUAUGAGCGACCUCAUGGAAAAUCUUGAUCUUCUUGUAAAAAGGCGAGUUCACGUAGGAUUCAAAACCGGUAGAAAUCAAGAAGAAAAUUUCACAGCGUUAAGCAUUCAGUCGAAACCUCAGACAUUAUAUUGUGUCGGAUGCAACGGAGCACAUAGGUUCGUAGACUGUGAUAAGUACAAAAACACGCACGAAAGAAGAGAAAGGCUCAAGCAGAUGAGGGUAUGUUGGAUUUGCUUCAGCAAACGACAUCAGUCUCAUGAAUGCCACAAACAGCGAUGUCCUCAUUGUGGAGGAGCACACCAUCCCGUGCUGUGCAAUCGUCAAGUACACAGCAGUAGAAGAACAAGCUGCUUUAGACAAAGAGCAUUUUCCCCAUCCUCCAGCCACAUACAGAGACAGCCGUCUCCUAAGCCACAACAACGGUAUAAACACAAUCGAUCCCCCUCCCCAGUUUUUCGUCCAAAAGCGCAAAGCCCAAACGUGAGUUUUAAAGAUGCUGGACGAUUACGAAUUAAUAGUCCUAUCCCAAAGAGCAGAUAUACGAGAAAUCGAUACAACGAAGAUUACAGAAAACAAGGAAACAGAUCCUUUCAUAGGUCGCCCAGCCAUAAAAGCCCCAAUCGAGUAAGAUUUGUGACUUUCACAAUGUCAAAACGGGACUCCGACGCUGACGAUUCAACACUUACAUUAGCAAACGAGAAAGAGUUACAGAGUAUUGAAAAUGCACAAUGUACAAGAUUGAUGACAGUCCCAGUAAAAAUUCGCAAUAACAGCUCCGGACAAAUGGAGACAAUUAUGGCCCUCUUGGAUAGCGCAUCGGAUUCGUCAUUCAUUACCAUCGAAGCCGUUCGAAGGUUAAACUUGAAAUCGCAUUCAGAACGAAUAAUAACAGUCACAACAUUUGGAGGACGAGCAUAUCAGAGAAGCACAAAACGAGUUGAGGUAACGCUUUUCAACUACAACGGACAACCGAUGGAAGUCACCCUACUUACUCAUGAAAAUAUCACUAAGCCUCUAUGCUUAUGUGAUCUUACAGAAGAAGACUUAAGAUUCCUCGAAGACAACUUCAUCCUUACAGACAAAUCUCUUCUCAGGCAAACAACCGUCAACCCGGAAAUUUUGUUAGGCAUAGACUACUUCAAUAGUAUUCUAAUAAUCGACAAACAACCUAUUCAACUUCCCUCCGGCUUCUACGUGACACCUACAUUCUUUGGUCAUGUUAUUUCAGGUUCCCAUUUUGGUCAUCUUGAGCAUUCUAGCAGCUGGGGAAACCAUUCACUUACUGUGGAUGUCGAAGACCUCUACCACCAAUACGAAACGUUCCGAUCCAAUGAAGAUAAUUGGGUAAAUGCACCCACCCAGCAACAAGAGAAGGAACAAAUCAUGAACAAUUUCAACUCUACAGUACAAAUACGCGAGCACAAGAUAUUUGUGCAAUUUCCAUGGAAAGAAAAUAAAAAUAAACUCUCAGACAACUUUGGGUUGGCCCUUAGUAGGCUUCAUCAACAAUUCAAACUGUCCUACCAAAAUCCAAAACUAUGGGAACAAUACUGUGGAAUUAUAGAAGAACAACUAAAGAUGGGUAUCAUAGAAGAGGUCCAAGAAAAACACAAAGCUGAAUCUCCGCUGUACUAUAUCCCACACCAAGCGGUUGUGAAACCGUCAAGUCACACAACAAAAGUAAGGAUAGUCUUAGAUGCCUCCUCGAAACAGAAAGGAGAGUUGAGUUUGAAUGAUGUGAUUCACCAAGGCCCCAUGCUUCUACCCAGUUUACUAGGUAUCUUGAUACGUGCUAGAAUCGGUAACAAGAUACUCAUUGCGGAUGUCGAAAAAGCUUUCCAUACAAUCUAUCUACAAGAGACUGAGAGAGAUGCUGUACGAUUUUUGUGGUUAAAAGAUACUGCCAAGCCACCAGUAUACCACAACAUAAAAAUCAUGCGUUUUCAGAGACUAGCCUUUGGCAUUAACGCCUCUCCCUCGCUUCUUGCCAUGUCAAUCAAAUACUAUCUUGACAAAGAAUUGCACUCGCAAAUUUCUGAAGAGAUUAUCAGGAAUCUCUAUGUAGAUAAUGUCUUACUAUCAGCAGAAUCAACCGAAGAAGCGAUUAACAAAUACCUACUUAGCAAACAAAUUUUCAAAGACAUGUCCAUGAAUCUGAGGGAAUAUAUCUCCAAUGAUCCACACUGUAAUGAAAAGAUCAACCUAAAUGACAUCGCCAAUCACAAAGACCAUAAAAUACUUGGAAUAGCAUGGGACCCGGAUCAAGACCAGUUGAAACUGAAAUCAAAACUAAAGUACACGCCAAUCCCCACCAAAAGGUCUGUAUUGCAAGCAAUACAUUCCACAUUCGAUCCCUUAGGAUUUUUGACUCCAUUGUUACUAAACGCACGCAUUUUUAUGCAAGAUCUAUGGCAAAAGCCAUACAAGUGGGAUUCUCCCCUGUCGAAGGAAGAUGACAAGAGCUGGCGCAGCAUAUGCGACGAAGCAUGUGAUUUUAAUGUUGCCAUUCCAAGGAAAAUAACAACACAUGCUCAAGGAGAAGUCAACCAGAUUCAUACGUUUGUGGACGCAUCAAUAAGAAGCUACGCGGCCUGCGUGUACAUGAGAACGAAAAAUUCAACAGGUACUAUCGAAAGUCAUCUACUCAUUGCUCGCAGCAGACUAUCUCCGAAAAAAAGUCUGCAAAAUCAAUCCAAUAUAACAAUUCCCCGCCUGGAGUUGAUGGCAUUAGAACUGGGAAUGAAACUCACAGAGUUUGUACUAGAUGAGAUAGACUUGAACAUUGAUUAUGUUCACAUAUAUAGCGACUCGCAAAUAGUGCUCUGUUGGGUUCAUACGACUAAACCGAAAAACAAAAAUGAUUACGCCACCCGGGGUACUAAUUCGGCCGAGAUCAUCAAAGCUGAGUGGAUGAAAGGACCAAAAUUUCUUCUAAACACUGAACAGUACACCAACCAAGAAUUCCCUCUACGCAUAACCACCAAAAACAAAGACAUUCAACUAGAUGAAAGUGAACAGACAAGUGUGGAAAAUAUUCAGGAAGAAGACAGAGAAGAAUGUACUGGAAAUGACUCUUUAAGGGAAUUGCCAAUACAUGCGACAUGCACCGAGGCAAAGAUGGACAAACAAUUGCCGCUACCCGUAUUGUCAACAUGGUUUGAAACAAAAAGAGCAAUGACAAAUGUACUACGUUUCGUCAAACUUAGAAUCAGUAGUACCAUAUCAGAAGAAAAUCAACGAAAAUUGAGUAUAGCCAUACCUGAGCUGUCUGAGAUCCGUACGGAACGCCAGCGUCAGGAAAUAAGCACCGAAGAGAUCAACGCCGCUGAAAAAUGUAUCAUCAAAAUGAUACAGCGUCAGUUCAAAAUACUAAAUGACAAAUACAAGAAUCUCAACCUACUUCCUGACCCUGACGGUAUUCUUAGAUGUUUUGGGAGAUUACAAAAGUCUUUACUACCAGAAAAUACUCGCAACCCUAUCCUUCUUCCACCCAAUGACCCCAUCACAAGACUGAUCGUAAAAGAGUAUCACGAAAAAAUUGGACAUCAGGGAGUAAAUGGGACUAUAGCGAAUAUACGUACCAAAUUUUGGAUACCAACAGCAAGACAAGUAGUACGCAAGACAUUGAAUUCAUGCAUGAUUUGCAAAAGAUGGCACGCAAAGCCAUACCUGUAUCCGAAUUCGCCGUCACUACCACUCUGUCGAUCAUCAAGUUCUCGACCAUUUGAGCAUGUGGGGAUAGACUUCGCGGGUCCUUUUUAUGUCCGAGCAAUGGAAAACUCUACCAUAAAGGUGUGGACAUGCCUCUUCACAUGCAUGGUCACAAGAGCCGUGCACCUGGAAAUGGUCGAAUCGUUAAGUGCAGAAGCGUUUGUAAAUAGCUUACGACGAUUUGUAGCGAGACGAGGAGUACCAACAUCAAUAAUUUCUGAUAAUGCAACCAAUUUUCAAUUAGGACAAGAAAUUAUCAAUGAUCAAACAGCGCAAAACGAGAUUGCUGACGUCUCAACAUUCAACACAUUCUUGUCAAAAAAUCAAAUAAAAUGGAAGUUUAUCACACCCCUUUCACCAUGGAAAGGAGGUUUCUAUGAAAGGCUCGUGGGAAUUAUGAAACUAUGUUUGCGAAAAAUAAUAGGACGCCGACAACUUGCUGCCCCCAGCUUCCAAACUUUUCUCAGCGAAGCAGAAGCAAUGAUCAACACAAGGCCUCUGGCCUACGCCGGCAGCGACGUUGAUGACUCACUCAUCAUCAGGCCAAUCGAUUUCUUGAUACCACAUGCUCAGCUCAACCUUAUGAAAGAACAAGAUGAAAGAAUGGAGCAAGAAUGCCACACAAGGGAUAAUGAAAAUGAAACCAGUGGCGAAGAGCAUGAAGAGAUGAGCCCGUACGUGGCAAUGGAGGUUGAACUGACAGGUGACGAAGAUAAUCAUUCUCAAGUAAAAGGAGAGCCACCCGCGCACAUGUGCAGUCCUAAAUGCGAGGCAAUGGAAAGUCUUCAUGAAUCUAUCAGGGCUCUCCACGAGGACGUGAUUAACCUAAGAAAGGAAAUAAAAAUGCAGAAGAAGAGCAGAAAACGCAAACACGAAAGCGACAAUUACACAAAAAACAAGACAAGCAAACAGCCUAAGGAAAUGGAUUCCUUAGCCGCGCAUAUGCAAGUAUGCGCAGUAGAAGAUAGGAAGCCCGACAUGUUGCACGAGGCAGUCCAAACUGCAACACCUUAUCAAGAAGACCACGAAAUGCCACGUGGGGGACGAGGACUACUUCGAGACCGUGAAAGAAGCCCGCCAAGACAACGAGCAGGAAAACGAGCAACAGAACAAGAAAGCGUUAUGGCGGGAGAUCCACCAUCGGGGUGUUUGUUUUGUAACGGCCCCCAUUGGGCAAGCAACUGCAACUACGCGAAUACGCUUUCGUCGCGUCGGCAGAUGCUAGCACGCCAAAAUAGGUGUGAAAGAUGCCUUGGCCCCGCGAAUCACCUUGUUACCGCAUGCCAACCCAGAACCAACUGUUUUUAUUGCAAACUUGCCAAGCGCUAUGGCGAGAUGACUCGUCAUCACACGGUGCUAGCGUUCACCACUGUACAUGGUUGUGUGACCGUAGAGCAAGCGACAGCGAAUGUUGCACGAUGCCAACGAGCAAACGCAGUAUCGAAACCCGUACCAAUAUACAAAGGAGCUGAAGAACCUAUAUUGUCAAGGGAUUAUAAUUUUCGCAGUGAAAAUAUCUUCUUCGGUAAGGAUGGAAUAGGAGAUCAGCCGCAGGCGUUCCCAGAGGUUCUUUCUAGCGACUUUGUGCCGACAUCCGAAGAGGCUGCGGCAUUAGCGCUAGUUCGGUUGUCCCGGGAACAUCCAGAAGCAACGCUGGUCUGCCUAGGACCGCUUACCAAUGUGGCUGUAGCCCUGAAAAUUGAUCCAAAAUUCACUUUUGCCAAAGUUUUCAUCAUGGGAGGAAAUUACUAUGGUAUCGGCAAUGUAGAGUCAAAAUCCUCGGCAGAAUUCAAUUUUCAUGGUGAUCCAGAAGCUGCAUCGAUAGUCAUCAGCAAGCUAGCGGAGAGAAUUGUAAUGAUACCAUGGGAGGCUUUCUUCCUCGAAGGUGUCAAGCAUGAAAAAGAGGUAGACUUCAAUGCACAUUUGCAAUACGAUACAAAGUUAGCAUCAUUUCUUCGUACAGCCACAAGCACUGGUCGAGCUGCUUUAGAAAAGAACCAUCGUCAGUUCUCCUAUUGUGACGAAAUAGCAGUAGCUGCUGCCAUAGACAUGCAUAGAGUCGCUCGAAAGUUGGCGCACUUGAGAGUAGAUGUGGAACUUUCAGGAGCGCAUACCAGAGGUCAAGUGGUUGUUGACUGGGUGGACGUUCUUUGGAGCAACGAAGAUGCUGAGUUUGUUGCUGCUCAAGGAGAAUCCCUAGACAGAAGAUUGCCUCCCGUUACGUUCAUCGUCUCCUAUGAUGUUGUCUUAGUCGACAAAUGGAUUCAUAAAGCUGUGAAAGGCGAACCUGGCCCAUGGUGACCACAUCGUUUGAAAUAAACUUUUUCAUGCAC